UUAUUUAUCGGUGAAUAAUAAUGACUACACUCCUAGCUACAUGUUUAUUUUCAUGCGAAGCUUAUUAGUACUGUGUGGUCAUUAAUUCGAUAAGGUUACGGAAAGAUGGGGUGGCUGACAUUUUUCUGCGGCAUGGCGAUCAUCGCCUCAGCCGCAUCUGCAUACAAGAACCCUUACUAUGCAGCGAAUAGGUCAGUGAAUGUCCACCUCUUCGAAUGGAAGUGGGACGACAUCGCUGAUGAGUGCGAAAGGUUCCUAGGACCAAGAGGUUUUGGUGGUAUUCAGAUUUCCCCUCCUAAUGAGAAUGUAGUGCUAUGGAGUUACAACCGUCCGUGGUGGGAGCGUUACCAGCCGAUGUCAUACAAACUGGUCACUCGCUCCGGCAACGAGGCGCAGUUCGCAAACAUGUUGCGACGGUGUAAUGCUGCAGGCGUUAGGAUCUAUGUAGACGCAGUAAUUAACCACAUGACGGGUGAGCCUCCAGAGAACGUUGGUACAGCAGGCAGUACCGCCGUGUUCUCCGACUGGUACUACCCCGCCGUGCCUUUCAACCGACAGCACUUUAACUGGCCACACUGCGUCAUUAACGAUAUUGAUUACUCUACUGAUGCUUGGAGAGUCCGCAACUGUGAGCUGGUUGGAUUGAAAGACUUGAAUCAAGCAGAUGAACAUGUAAGGAACAUGAUCGUAAACUUCAUGAACAAACUUAUCGAUUUGGGCGUAGCUGGAUUCAGGAUCGACGCAGCCAAGCACAUGUGGCCCAGUGACCUCCGCGUCAUCUACGAUCGUCUCCACAACCUCAACACAGACCACGGCUUCCCAGCCAAUGCCCGUCCUUAUAUCUACCAAGAAGUCAUUGACUAUGGCGGUGAAGCCAUUAGCAGAGACGAAUACACUCCUUUAGGAGCUGUAACAGAGUUCAAAGUGGGUUUGGAGCUUAGUAACGCUUUCAGAGGUAAUAAUCAACUGCGGUGGUUGUCAAGUUGGGGUCCUCAAUGGGGAUUGUUGGCCCAUGGAGACUCUUUGACCUUCAUUGAUAAUCAUGACAAUGAGAGAGGUCACGGCGGUGGUGGUGGUGUCCUUACUUACAAACAGUCUCGCCCCUAUAAGGCUGCUAUCGCCUUCCUGUUGGCCCAUCCGUAUGGAGAGCCUCAAAUCAUGAGCAGUUUUGACUUCUGGGACAGCGAAGUUGGUCCUCCCAUGGAUAACAAUGGCAACAUCAUUUCACCUGCUAUCAAUUCUGAUGGAACCUGUGGAAACGGCUGGAUAUGUCAGCAUCGUUGGCGUCAGAUCUACGCAAUGGUGGCAUUCAGGAACGCGGCCGGUAACACUGGCAUCAACGACUGGUGGGACAAUGGAAGCAACCAGAUCGCCUUCUGUCGCGGGGGCAACGCUUUCAUUGCCUUUAAUAAUGAUUAUUGGAAUCUUAACCAGAAUCUACAGACUUGCUUGCCCGCAGGUAGGUAUUGUGACGUGAUAUCGGGUGAGAAAGUGGGCAACUCUUGCACGGGCAAGACUGUCACCGUGGGCAACGAUGGUCGGGCACAGAUCUCUGUUGGAGCCAACGACUAUGAUAUGAUGCUGGCCAUUCAUAUUGGACCUGAGAGUCGUCUUUAAGCCGAAAGCUGGUCGAGUACAAAUCACAUUAAGAAUGAAUUUUUAUUUGAAUCCUCAUUUGUCUUCCGAAGUGCCUUACACACACAUUUUGUAAAAUAAAUAUCAGUAUCAAUAAAAAAUUCUAUACCUAAUAAUAAGUUAUUGAUUCUUUAUCUAA